AUGGGGUUCUUCUCGGAUUCGGUGGCGAUGAUGCGUGUAAAGUGGCAGAUGCGCUCUGCGAAGAUUCGGGUGCCGCCGGAGGAGACGGACCUGCGCUUCUGCUACGAUAUCAUGAACGACGUCUCUCGAUCCUUUGCCGUUGUCGUAGCGCAGCUCUCAGACCAGCAGCUCCGUGAUUCCAUCUGCAUCUUCUACCUUGUCCUUCGUGCGCUCGACACCUUGGAGGAUGACAUGAGCGUUCCGGUAGACGUGAAGCUGAAGGAGCUUCCGAAGUUCCACACGCACACGAGCGACAUGAGCUGGUGCAUGAGCGGCGUCGGUGAGGGACGCGAGCGCGAACUGCUGGAGAAAUACCCGUGCGUCUCGCGCGAAUUCCAGAAGCUGAAGAAGGAGUAUCAGGACGUCAUUGCGAACAUCUGCGAACGCAUGGCCAACGGCAUGUGCGAGUUCCUGAAGCGCCCAGUGGUCACAAAGGAUGACUACAACCAGUACUGCCACUAUGUCGCCGGUCUCGUCGGCCACGGCCUCACCCAGCUCUUCGCUCGCUGCGACUUUGAGGACCCGAGCCUGGACGACGAUCUCACCACAUCCAACCACAUGGGUCUCUUCCUGCAGAAGACAAACAUCAUCCGCGACUACUACGAGGACAUCCGCGAGGAGCCGCCGCGGAUGUUCUGGCCGAAGGAGAUCUGGGGCACCUACGUGACGGAACUGAAGGAGCUGAAGAGUGAGUCGAACAAUCCGGCGGCGGUACAGUGCCUGAACGCCAUGGUGGCCGACGCUCUCGUGCAUGUCCCAUACAUCGUGGACUACCUCUCCGCUCUGCGCGACCCGUCGGUGUUCCGCUUCUGCGCCAUUCCUCAGGUGAUGGCCAUUGCUACGCUGAAGGAAGUGUACAACAACCCCGACACGUUCCAGGUCAAGGUGAAGGUGUCACGGCCGGAGUCAUGCCGUAUCAUGCUCAAGGCAACAACCCUCUACAGCUCCCUCAGCAUGUUCCGCGACUACUGCGUGGAGCUGCAGAAGAAGCUAGACGUGCAAGACGCCAGCUCCACAUCGAUCGCCAACUCGCUUGCGGCGGCGAUUGAGCGGAUUGACCUGCAGCUGAAGAAGUGUCAGGACGUCUCCUACACCCGCCGCCUCCUCGCCCGCUACCCAGGCCUCGGUGGUCAGUUCUUUCUCACCGUCAUGGAUACCGUCUCUGGCUUCUUUGGUGGCCGCAGGGAGAUUGCCGGCCACGCGUAA